CAACAAUGGGCAAGCCUGGAAAACCGAACAAGGCGGGCGGUGCGUCGCGCGGCGCACCGAGGGGAAGGGGCCGCGGUACAUCGCGCGGGAGGGGGCGCGGCGGCGGCGGACGGGGCGGCUCCCGGCGAACGUUUGAGGACGACGGCGUGCCCGUCGUCGUAGCUGACUCUGACGGCGACGACGAGUCGGACACGACCGAGGACUCGGACGCCGAGGGCUCGAGUGCGUCCGGGUCAUCCCACUCCGGGGACGAGGAGGGCGAGGAGGAGGACGAGGACACCGACAUCCGCAUCGCGGUCCCCGUCGCCAUGUGGGACUUUGACCACUGCGACCCGCGCCGCUGCUCGGGCAAGAAGCUGUCCCGGCACGGCCUGGCGACGCAGAUGCGCGUCGGGCAGCGCUUCCGCGGCGUUGUCUUGACGCCAAAGGGCAAGAAGCCCAUCGCGCCGUGCGACGACGAGGUCAUCAUGCUCUCGGGCCUCGCCGUCGUCGAGUGCUCGUGGGCGCGGCUCGACGAGGUGCCCUUCAACAAGAUCAAGGGCCCGCACGAGCGCCUGCUGCCAUACCUCAUCGCGACCAACCCCGUCAACUACGGCAAGCCGUGGCGGCUCAACUGUGUCGAGGCACUCGCUGCCGGCUUCUACAUCACGGGACAUGCCGACUGGGCCGAGAUUCUCCUGUCAAAGUUCUCGUGGGGCCACGCAUUCUACAAGAUGAACGGGCCGCUCAUCGAGCGCUACCGUACCUGCCACACACAUGAGGAGGUCGAGGCGAUGCAGGAGCUCAUCCAGCAGGAGCGACAGGACGAGUACGACCGCGCCAAGGCUGAGAAGGCGGCCAACGAGGGAGGUGACCUCCUGAGGGCAAACCCCAACCAUGUGGGUGAGGGCUGGGACGAUGAGGAGGACGAGGACGAGGAGGAGAGCGAAGCCGAGGUCGAGGCCCUCGUGUCGGGCGUCGCGGCCACAUCACUCAGCGACAAGCCAGCGGAAUGA